UGAGUAGGCUUCUCAUUAUCCAAACUGUAACUAGCUCCACUUUCACUUCUACUGUACCUCACAGCCACAACUGCUAAAAUGGGAAAGGUUCAGCUGGAGGACAACGACAUCAAAGAAAAGAAAACUGAGUUUAGCUUAGUACAGGUCAAAGGUACCUGGAAGCGCAAACUGGGAAAGGUCAACAAGGACACAGUUGACUGUGUCUCUGCUGCAAAAAUCUAUGAGAGCAUCACAGAAAAGGGCGCCACUUGGACAGUGGUCAGCCCCAUCGUCUUUACCUACAAGGUGACUGAGACUCAGGACUUGCUGGACCCGAUCAAUGACACACUCCUGCUGGGUCACCUCAGCGACCCGCAGCAGGUGGAUGACUUUAAAAAAUCGAACAAUUCAAUCAAACGCUUUGUAGUCAUUGACCAAGAAGUCUACAAAAUCUAUGGGCCCAGGCUAACUCACUAUUUGGAGGCCAACAAUGUCCUGUACAAGAUCAUGGCUCUACCCACCACUGAGGAGAAUAAAUCCAUGGAAAUGGCCUUGAAGAUCCUAGAAGAGGUCAACAGCUUCUCCCUUGACCGCCGCACAGAGCCCAUUAUUGCCAUAGGUGGAGGGGUGUGCCUGGACAUAGUGGGCCUGGCUGCCUCACUCUACAGACGACGCACCCCUUACAUCAGGGUCCCGACCACACUGCUCUCGUACAUCGAUGCCAGCGUGGGGGCAAAGACGGGGGUUAACUUUGCAAACUGCAAGAACAAGCUGGGUGCCUACAUUCCACCCACCGCUGUCUUCCUUGAUCUGUCCUUCAUACAAACCAUUCCUCGACGACACAUCGCUAAUGGGCUGGCAGAGAUGUUAAAGAUGGCCUUGAUGAAACACAGAGGCCUCUUUGAGCUUCUUGAGAAACAUGGCCGUAUGCUGUUGGACACUAAAUUCCAGGCUGAUAACAGUGUAUAUGGGCUCAGCUGCUUACAGGCUGCAUCUCAAUCAACACGUAUAGCCAUCACAACCAUGCUGGAGGAGCUUGCCCCAAACCUUUGGGAAGAUAAUCUAAACAGACUUGUGGACUUUGGCCACCUUAUCAGCCCAGCAUUAGAGAUGAAAGUUCUCCCAUCCCUUCUGCAUGGUGAGGCAGUGAACAUUGAUAUGUCUUACAUGGUCUAUGUGUCCAAAGAAAGUGGCCUAUUGACAGAAGAAGAAAAGCAAAGGAUCAUCAGUUGCAUGGUGGGCUUGGAGCUGCCUGUCUGGCAUGAGGCAUGUACCAAGGAGCUAAUACAGAGGUCUCUGCAGGACAGGCUGAAGCAUUCUGGAGGCCUGGUCAGAAUGCCUCUACCUGUUGGUCUUGGGAAAGCAGAAAUUUUGAAUGACACAUCUUGUGAGAUCCUGCAGAGAGCUUAUGAAAAAUGGUGCAAUGAGCUGAGCGUCUCCUCAGGCAGCAACUGUGACCUGUGAGCUCAAUUUAAUGUUUACAUUUUGUAGGGAAGUAUAUGUAUUGUAGCUUUUCAUUGUUCAAAUUACUAGGGAAAAAAACUUGAAAGCAUGCACCUACUGUAUUUUCACAAUACGGCAAUAAAGGCUAAAUGCUGGGUAGGCCUAAUCGUA